GGGCCAGAGGCGGCCCUCCUCGGCUGAGUCCCGCCCGCUUACCCGCUAGGCCGCAUCCACGGACGCUUGGCAAACUGGGCGUCUGCCGUUCCGACCGGGCAAUGGCGGCGAGGUUGCCGCUCCGGCUGGGCCGCUCCUGCUUCUCCACGGCGGGGCAAGGCAGGUCAUUUUUGCUGCACAGCUGUUCAGGAAAUUCUAGCCUCAGCUCAAAAGGGGAUCCUGAAAUCCCUCCCAAGCAACUGCUCAGGAAACCAAAAUUGCCUGUUGGACGUUUUGAUGAGUCUGCGGAAUCCAGUGCAGAGAAGGAUCCGCUAGAAAAAUUUCCAGAUGACAUCAACCCUGUUACACAAGAAAGAGGUGGACCCAAAGGCCCUGAACCAACUCGUUAUGGGGACUGGGAACGGAAAGGACGCUGUAUAGAUUUUUAAAGGGCUCCCAGUCUGUUCGGAGAACAUGGUAUUGGGUGAAGGAAAAACCAACAAGGAAACAUCACACAGAUGAGACAAACUUUCUUUCUGUGUUUAUUUCUAGCAUUCAUGUAAUGACAUUUGAGAGGGAUACUUAACUGUGAAUAAAUAUAUAUUUUGCACAUAG